CGCCGAGUGCUUUUACCGCCCUGUCACCUAAUGCCCUCCAACCCGUCCUUGAAAACUCAUCGAUCCUCAUCCUCGACAUUCGUCCCCACAAUGUAUACGCAGUCGCUCGACUACCAGCAGCCCUCUCCUUGAGUGUACCAUCGACGCUGCUCAAACGGCCACUCUUCUCGCUUGAUCGCCUCGCUCAGAUGCUCUCUCCAUCCACACGAACAAGGUUCUCCUCCUGGCCCACAGCCAGCAAAAUCCUUGUCUACGACGCUGACACUGUGAGCCUGGCCGAAGGUGGGAAUAUUCUUGGCCUGUUGAGGAAGCUCAGGAAGGAAGGUUAUAGCGGUCAGCUGUGUUGGGCCAAGGGUGGAUUCAAGGCGGUCUGGAGAGAGCAGUUCGAUCUCGUUGAUCAGACAGCUCUCCCAGAGGAGGAGGACGAGGAAGGUGAGCUCCCACCCCAUACGGCACCAGGAGCAGCGACGCAGGCGCAGCAAUCUGCUGUCAGCCUAUCCGCCGGAGUGGAAAUGUCCAAAACCAUGUCAGCUCCACCGACCACGGCUGGCUUCCCGCUGAGUUUGCCACCGUCGAUGCUGCUCCGGCCGAAGGACCUUCCAAUGUCAGCAUUCACUUCAACGUCAACGACCUCAACGCGACCACACCGAUCCGGCGCCAACGCACCGCUUGUACCCGUGACACCUCUGACGAUCAAAGCCGAUCCAUUCGCGACGCUAGUCACCUCUGGUGCUACACCGGGAUCGAUGCCUCUGCCUGGCGCUAUGCGAGGGUCGUCGGCAGCCGCGACGUCGAUGAUUCCGGAGGGCGAGAGCCUUCUUGCAUUCCCUCCGCGGUUGGGUACAUUAUCCAGUGGCGGACCUUUGGCUAGAGGUAUGGAAACAGUAAGCAGUCUGCCGACGCAGGGCGCUGGCGCCGCGUAUGGCCUGGCGCCCCGCGAGCGUCAACAUCACAAGAGUUUCCCGGGCCUCACCACGGGUCAGCAAAGUGUCGCUUUCAACCCAUUUUUCGAUACGAUCCGUCAAAACCUCGAGCUCGGUGGAGGUCGUGGUGCAGGCGAAGGCAUCCCGCUCAAGCUGUCGCGACGAGUGCGUAGGAGGAUCGGUGACUUGCCAUUCGAGUGGCUGCGCGAAAUUGCUCGGCGAAGUGGGCACGUCAGCGAGGAUAGUCCGGAUCUGGAAAAGUCUGAGACUGACAGCGAUGAUGACAACAUGACCACCACCCACCGUCAACGCCGCGCCCGUACGAAGACAAAGCCCUCCGGCCUCCAGGGCCGCGACGAUUCCCCCGCAACUCCCUCUUCCCCCGCGUCGUCUUCCUCCGACGGCGAAGAACUCGCCAAGUCUCUCGCCAUGCAGUUCUACAAGAUCGAGCUCGGCGAGCAGCGCCGUUUGAUGGGCGUUAUGGAACAUCACAGCAUGGAGAGCGGGCAUGUCAACGGACGCGGUGGCAUGCAACCAAUGGUGAAGUCCGCGACCGUUGGCGGCUUCACGACGGAUAGAAAGGGCAUCCCGUCGGGAGGCUUGUGCGGCCCAGUGCUUGCACUGCCUGUCGGUUCGCCGGCUGCGAGAAGCGAGAGUACGGAAAAGGCAGGCAGUGAUAGACAGAUAGGCACAGCUACAACGCGCAUGUUGAGUGGAACAACCAGCGAGGGUGGGGUACACGUGCCGAGGAAUGCCAAGGACCGUGGGAUGGCGUUCCCGUUCAGCAUAACCGCAGGUGUAGAGAAGGGAGGCAAGAAUAGAUAUCGGAACAUAUGGCCCUUCGAGCAUGCCCGUGUGCGCCUUCACAAAUCGCAUCCCGAGGAUGACGACUACAUGAAUGCGAGCUACGUGCAACCUCUGGGAACCAAGAAACGAUACAUCGCCACUCAAGGGCCUUUGCCUGCUACGUUCACGGACUUCUGGACGUUAUGUUGGCAAGAGAACGUUCGUGUCGUCGUCAUGCUCACCCGCGAAGUCGAGUCUGCGCUUGUGAAGUGCGGCAAUUACUGGAAAGAGGGCGAGUACGGUUCACUGCGACUCAAGCUCGUCUCGACCAGCGAUACGCCAGAGCGUGAGCGCAGCCGUCGCGAGAGCGAGACGUCCUCUGGCUUCUUCAAUGUACCGCAAGCUCGAUCAGCGGCUAAAGACAGUCAGGAGAACCAUACUAUCCGCCGGGUCUUCGAACUUACGCACGCUGGCUACCCCGACGCACCACCGAGGACGGUCACGCAGCUGCAGUACCUCGAUUGGCCCGAUCUUGAUGUGCCGAAAGAUCCACGCGGACUUCUCCGACUUAUGCAAGAGGUCGACAGCAUUGCCAACAAGAGCAGAGAAAGUUGUUCAACUGCCUGGGGCGAGGGCCCGUUGGGCCGCAGGCCUGGCGCAAAGAAGCCCAGUAGCCCGGAAGCUGCGAGGCAUCUUUCGCUGCAUGAGGACUCUCAAGACGGGAGCGAAGACGGCGAUGACGACCUGGACGCCAAAACUGGCAUCGCGAAGCAUGCGAUCGAUAACCCUCCUGUAUUGCUGCACUGUUCUGCCGGAGUGGGCCGCACCGGCGGAUUCAUCGCUGUCGACGCGAUCCUCGAUGGGGUUCGUCGAGAGAUGCGCAAACAACGCGAGGAGAAAGAGGCACUUGACAAGCUGUCGUCCGGCACGGGCAGUCCUAUUCCUUCCACCGGCCGCGGCAGCUCGACCCCCAUAUCUGGAGACAGCGACGAGGCCAUGGAAGUCGAUUUGCGAUCGCUUGUGAGCACGUCCCCGUCGAGGAAGGACGUUCCGUCACCGGGCACAAGCGACCGCCGGGCCAUGUCGGUCUCUGUCGGCGGCGGAAACAAUUUACUGUCAGCGGUCAGCUCCGAUCCCUACGAACCCAUGGACGUUGACGUCGAGACGUCCGUGAAAUGUGCGCAGACCUCACCGGAGAGUCGUCAGGUCUUACAACCUUCUACGGAUCUGAUCGACGAAGUGCGGCGUGCGCACCUCCAGCGCUUGUCAUCUUCUCAGACGGUGCAAAGCCGCGACUUUGUCGACUCGCCAUCGCCGGGCAGCAUUCCAUCGCCUGGGCCCCAUGUCCUGUCGCCUCGUGGUAACAGCCCUGACACCGGGAGCAGCGGCAGCUUGACAUCCUCUGGUCGACGGUCGACGUCGACGUCGGGUCUCACGGCAGAGUUGAGGAUGGUGACUAGUCCGGUGUCGAGUCCUGCGACAGGAAGCACAACUAGCUUGCUUACAACUUUGGAGCCGACCGAACCCCGCGACGAGCUCAAACAGUUCCCCUCGAGCGAGUCGACGUCCGCUACUGCAGGCUCGACUCAGCCGAUCGCGAUCCAAGCUGUUCAUCGCAGCUUUGAAGAGAAGACUCAGCGCGUUUCGGGGAAGGCACGGCUCGACUCCUGGAGAUCUCAUGUGUCAGACUCUGGCAGACAUCACACCACCGACUUCCAGCUUAGCUUGCAGAAGCUCGAAGAUGAAGACAUGCCUCCAACCCCGAGAACGAUGGCGUUCGACUACGCCUCACCGCGACCCCUCCAUGACGAUACAUCCCCACUGCUGCUGUCGACAUGUGACGAGCCCAUCCACCGUGUCAUCGAAGAUAUGCGCAUGCAGAGGAUGAGUCUGUGCCAGAGCUUGCGGCAGUACGUCUUCGUGCACCGGGCGAUUAUCGAGGGCGCACUGAUGGUCGUGGAUGAGGAGAGGAAGAGGGAGGAGGAAGAUCGGCUAGCUGCAGAGCAAGAGGCUGCGUCUAAAGACCCCGGCGCAAACGCGGCUUCUGAGGCGCGCACGGCGCAGAUAUCGAAUAUCCAGUUUCCCAAGGUUCAAAGUCUCACUGCGCGGCGGGCUUCCUUUGCGCUGAGCCCCGACAGGUCCAAAGACCGCACGGCGGUAGCCCUGCACCAGCCUGUCCCCCGCGCGGUGCCGACAGUGGACGUACACAUGGACGACGAGUCGCUUCUCCAACUGCCGCCGGCAGUUCCGUCCCCACGCUCGAAACGGCAGGCUAGCCCGACGGAGCUUGUGCAGGAGACUCUCAAGGGCGAGGCACGUCUAAAUAAAAGGCCGAGUGUGAAACGCAGGACUCGGUCGUCUGAUGAAGAAGACGGCGGCCUGAUGCUGGGUUCCAUGGUCCUUUCGUCGCCCGAGCCGCCUAACAGGCCGUAGUCGCCGUCUCAAGGCAACCGUUCCCGAGCUCCGCUUCUCUAUGCCCCCAUGUCACUUUUGUCCUUCGCCGGUCGCAUAUGCUUGCAUUUUGCAUUUUUCACUGCUGGACAUUGGAGCAUCUUCCUCAGCGUCGUUCAUCAUCUCCCCCUUUCUGUAUAACACACUUGGAGCUUUUUGUGCCUCGUCCCUUUCGUGUCUUUGGAUAUCCCUGUUUAGUCUUUAUGUUUUAUUUUCUCGUCUCGACUCAUAUAGUAUUAGGCACCGUACUCCACUCAUCAUCACUCUCCAUGCCGGGUCCGAGUACCUGCACCAAACCAUCGUCGCCCAUAAUCUAUACAGGCCAUACGUACAUAUACACCCCCAUAUCCACUGCAAUCGACAUGAUUUGUUUGUAGUUUGCUUAUCAUUAGCUACUGUCUCCCG